GGGGAGCUGUUCGAGCCUGAUCCAGCCAGCCAUCCAGCCUUUAGCUCCCGCUUAGCUUUUGGCGUUCACCGGACGCCGCCUCUCAGCCGCUUGUGUGCCAGCUGCGCCGCCUGUUUUGGUGAGCGUGCCUACUCGCACGUUGUCGAUGGCUGAUUACGCUGAUUAGGACAAAGGAGCUUGUCGCGCUUUGAUCAGCUUUAACAAAACCCAAACUGGCAUUCGUUUCCGUCGUGUGAACGGCACAGAAUUUUACAGUGCGGUAGAUGAAGCGACCUCAUCUGCCGGUAUCGUGAUGACGUCCUUGAGGAGUCAAGUGAUCCAGCUUUACAAGAACCUGCUGCACCUGGGCAGGGACUAUCCCAAGGGGUAUGACUACUUCCGGACACGAUUGAAAGCUGCCUUUAUGAAGAACCGGGACGUGCAAGAUCCCCAGCAGCUGAGUGUUCUCCUUGCAAGGGGGCAGUAUAUCAUCAAGGAGCUGGAGGCCCUCUACAUGCUGAAGAAGUACCGCACACUCAAAAAGCGCUACUACACUGACUCAUGAGUCAGGGCUGUUGACUUUGACAGUGAAUUAGGAUAAAUAUGAAAUUAAUGUUUGGUACAUGGCAUAUGUGUAAAUCUGUGCCAAGUUGAUAGGCACCAAUGCCAUGGGAACUACAAUGAACACAUUUUUUGUGUAUCCCAAACUCAAAAAUGGUGCCCCCCACCCCCUAAAGGUGUGAAUAAAUUUUUCACGACAUAAAA